GGAAUUAAAUUAUGAAGGCCGCGGUGGUAGAAGCCGUCGUUGACAGGGUUGAGGAUGGUGAUAAGGAGAAGAAGAAGCGUCGCUCGCGUAAUCGGAAAUCGAAGCAAAACUCCUCCUCCCCCGCAUCAGUAUCGUGUAGUUCAGUAAAUGGUGAAGCGUCGCCUGAGUGCUUGGUAAAUGGGACAAUGGCGAAUCAUGUGACCACAUCGUUGAUGCAACACCACUUAGGCAUGAGUCCCCCGUGUGAGCAGGGAUUGCCCAAAGCAUCUGACUUGGCUUUCAGUUCUUUGCCAACGAUGCACAUUGUUGAAUCCCUUGAUGUGCAAAGUCCCAAAAAUCGCUGUUUGCUCCCACCUGAAUUUGAUGGAAGGAUGUUUGCAAAAUCUUGUCCUCAACCAGCUGCUUGUGUAGGGUCACCCGGAUUCAUCACAAACAAGGGUUCCCCUCUUCAACUGCUCAACGGUUAUUCUCAGGGAAAGUAUUUUCCUCCCCACUGGUCCAUGGAGGACGUCAAUGCCGCUCUAGAGAAAGGUGAUGUUUUUAAGGCUCUGUUUCGCGUCAAUGCACACAACAGAAUGGAGGGCUAUUGCAAAAUUGAUGAAGUGCCUACAGAUGUUCUUAUUGGUAGGCUAACGGAGCAGAAUAGAGCUGUUGAAGGCGACAUUGUUGCGAUUAAGAUUAAUCCAUUACCAUUAUGGACCUGGAUGAAAGGGUCUGCUGGCGCUAAUAAGAGUUCUGCACCAGUGGAGGAUCCUAACUCAAAACUGAAAGAUAAUACAGUUGUUUAUAACUGCAAAGGUAAAGCCAAGGUAGAUGAGGAUUGUGAGUAUGAUAGUCGCAGAAGUUGUCUGCUUCCUGAGAGUGAAUCAUGUCAUGAUGAAAGCAUGUAUUUGCGUGACUCUACUGAUUCAGAGCCAGUUGGACAAUCCAGUUGUGAUCAUGUUGCUGGAAAGUACCAAUUGGCUUCAAAUUCUUCCCAAGCAGGUUCUUCUUAUGAGCAGAAUGUAGUUAAAACUCCAGUCGAGAAGAUGUGUGCCAUCAUCAGUUCAUUCCCUUCUAAACGUCCAACUGGAAGGGUUGUUGCUAUCAUUGAAAGGUCUAAACGACGAGAUGCUGUUAUAGGCUAUCUUAAUGUUAAGAAGUGGAUUUCUUACAGGGAAGUUUGCAGAAAAGACAUGAAAAAGAAUAAAAGUUUGCCAUAUUCUGACCAUGAUUAUAUCCAGAUGACACCGACUGAUCCAAGAUUUCCAAAAAUGGUGGUCCUUGUUAGAAAUUUGCCUGAUGAAAUUAAGAAAAGAUUGGAGAAUGGUGAUGAAACAAUUGAGAAGGAGCUGUUUGCUGCACGAGUUGAUGAGUGGGGUGAAGAAAGUCUUGCUCCACAAGCCUUAAUAUUACAUGCUUUUGGACAUGGAGCUGAAGUACAGCCUCACAUUGAAGCAAUCUUAUGCGAAAAUUCUAUUAAUUCAUCUGAAUUUUCCCCUGAAUCACUUUCUUGUCUUCCUCCCCUCCCAUGGGAGGUGCCUCGGGAGGAAGUUAAAACAAGAAAGGAUCUUCGAAAUCUGUGCAUAUUCACCAUUGAUCCUUCCACUGCCACAGAUCUGGAUGAUGCCCUCUCAGUUGAGAAUUUUUCCAACGGUAUCUCCAGAGUUGGUGUCCACAUUGCUGAUGUGUCAUACUUUGUGUUACCUGACACACCCUUGGAUAAAGUAGCUCUAUCUAGAUCAACAAGUGUGUAUAUGACACAGCGCAAGAUACCGAUGUUGCCCCCUUUGCUUUCAGAGAAUAUUGUUUCGCUUAAUCCAGGAGUAGAGAGACUUUCGUUUUCAAUAUUCCUGGACAUCAAUAAUGCUGGAGAUGUUGUUGAUCGAUGGAUUGGCCGCACUGUGAUAAGGUCGUGUUGCAAGCUUUCUUAUGAGCACGCUCAGGAUAUUAUUGAUGGCAUAUAUAACUUUGAAAGUUUUGACACUUCCCAAGACGGCUGUCCUCAGGUACAUGGCCAUUUUGGAUGGUCGGAUGUAAGUAGAUCUGUCAAGAGCCUCUAUGAGAUCUCUAAAACUUUGAAGGAGAGGAGAUCUAAUGAUGGUGCUCUCCAGCUUGAUAACUCCAAAGUUGUUAUUCUGUUUGAUGAAUAUGGAGAUCCAUAUGAUAGUUUGUUUUCUGAAAGGAAGGAAUCAAAUUCUCUUGUGGAGGAGUUUAUGCUCUUAGCAAACAGAACAGCGGCUGAAGUCAUAUCUAGAGCUUUCCCUGACAGUGCACUACUGCGGAGGCACCCAGAGCCUAAUAUGCGCAAGCUUAAAGAACUUGAAGCAUUUUGUUCCAAGCAUGGUUUAGAGUUGGAUACUUCUUCUUCUGGUCGAUUCCAUCAGUCACUGGAGCGAAUUAGGGUUAAGCUCAAGGAUGAUUCUGUUCUGUUUAGUAUUCUCAUGAAUUAUGCCACAAAACCUAUGCAGCUAGCUACUUACUUUUGUAGUGGGGAAUUGAGAUACAAAAAUGAUUGGGGUCACUAUGGAUUGGCUGUUCCUCUGUAUACUCAUUUCACUUCGCCACUACGCCGGUAUCCUGAUAUUAUAGUGCAUCGCACACUAGCUGCCACCAUAGAGGCUGAGGAGUUAUAUUUGGAACAUCAGAGAGUGUUGAAUAAUUUGAACAAGGGAGACAAAUUUAAGAUGAGGUGUUUCACUGGUGUUGAUUUUGAUAAGGAUGCUGCUGAAUCUAGGGAAAUUCAGGAAGCCUUAUCAGCUGCAGCGAUGAAGCAUAGUGUUCCCAGCACGAAGUUGCUUGCCAAUGUUGCUGCUAAUUGCAAUGAAAGAAAGCUGGCCAGUAGACAUGUCAAGGAUGCUUGUGAUAAGCUCCAGAUAUGGUCCCUGCUGAAGAAAAAAGAGAUUUUAUUCUCAGAAGCAAGAGUAAUGGGUCUGGGACCUAGAUUCAUGUCCAUUUACAUCCAAAAGCUUGCUGUUGAACGUCGAAUUAAUUAUGAUGAAGUUGAAGGCUUGAUGGUAGAGUGGCUAGAUGCUACAUCCACAUUGGUGCUUUCUUUACGUGUUGAUAGGCGCUCGUUCAGGAGAGGUAGUCCUGGUAAAUGGAGGGCGCUUGAUGAUGUGGCAUUGGUUGUUAGUCCUUCUGACCUCGAAGCUGAACCUUGUCCAGUUGGAAAGAGUUCAAAUGAGCCAUGCUCCAAUGGUUGCUCUUUGAAUAGUGAAGUUGAGCCCAUGGUCUUUCCUCUUACAGUACGUCUUCUUUCAACGAUUCCUGUAGUACUUCAUGCAGUUGGUGGGGAUGACGGACCUGUUGAUAUUGGGGCAAGGCUGUACAUGAGUUCAUACAUCUGUUAGAUUGUGACUUUGAGUUGAUUGCCUGUUUCAGUUUUGAGUUGGUUGCCUGUUUCAGAAUGAUACUGAAGAAGUUGAAUGCGUAAGGGAGCUGUCGAGGUGGCAAUGGGGUUUACUUGUGAAAAGAUGAAAUGAUGAGAGGGCUUUCUUAGAGCAUUAGACUGGUUCUGUUGUAGAUACAGAAUUAGUGUAUAGUUGAGUAGUAGAGUUUUAGAAGAAGAAAAAAAAAAAGUUGUGUUUUUUCAGAUCUGCUGAUGCUCUAUGUAUUUGCUUGAUGCUGAAUCGUCUUGGUUGGAGGUGUAGAUAAGGGUGGGGGUGGCUGUGGCAUGGGCUUAUAGCAGCCGUUUUUGACAGUGCUGCUUUUGAUGCUGGAACAGGCCCCUGUUUUUGCUGGCCGAUUUCCAUUCCAUCUGUGUUGAACUUGGUUCUGAUGCUGCCAGUGUUUGGUGCUAACACACUUGAGUUUCUUAGCCAAUAAUUUGUGUAAUUUUCUUGUGUUAUUCCUGGAUUGCAGCCCAAUAAUGUUUUUGACUUUGGGUGGCCAGGAUUAGUGGUUAUCACUCUUUAUUUCUGGCAUAUGAGGUGUGUUUGGCAGUCAUAAAUGACCAAAUGAGUGGCUGGCUAGCUAUACCCAGAUGAAUAAUAACAGAAUGUUAUCUUUCUCUUUCUGAUAAACAUGAAAUGACACUUCCAGAGAACUACUGCUUGAUUUUACUUGUAUCUGAAAUUCUGAAUAGGGGUUCUAUAAAGAACACCCCAUGCAAUUUGCGUUCCGUUACUUAGAGCAACUCCUAAUAUC